AUGUCACGCCUCCAAUCCCUAUCGCCACCGUCUCCUUUGAGCAACUACUGGAUACCAUCUAGCGCAGAUGUCUACACGAUGAUUGAGGAUUUUGACACCGAGCGGCGAUACAGCAUCGCCGAAAGCCAAUCAGCAGAUGCACUCACAUCCUCUUUUGACAUCUUUACGCCUCCACAAAACCGAACAAGCGGAAAAAUAUGCCCAGGGACGUUCAUCGUGUUUGCGUUGUCAACAGCAGAGCUCGCGCAAGAAUAUCCAGAGGACUCCGACGUAUACCGCAAAAUCUGCCAGUAUACCCCUGGGCGUUAUCUCGGGCUUGUAACUUCGGCGUUCGUGAGAUGGAAUGAAGACGAUGACAGCACGGUCGAAGAAGUGAUCGUUCACUUUGUAUCCAAAGAUACGCCACAGCCCUCAGCGGUUGCAAACCACUGCAUCCCCAUUUUUCCUGUCAGCAGCACCGAACCGGUGGACAGCUCUGCGCUCCACACGAGCAUCUUGUUCCCCUGGAUUGACCACAAGCAGUGGACGACAUUCGGGGUUCGCCUUUGCGUCCGCCAGACGAACCCGUCGGCGCUGGUAUUCGAGCUUCGGAACGAAGAUCUUGAGCUCUUCGAGAAUAGGGCGGGAAAGGACCAUAACCGAUUGGAAUCUCUCCAUACGAUAUUGGACGAUGAAGCCAAAGCCACACUAGGAAGGCUUUUGGUGACACCUUUCGCAUUUCCGGCCGAGAUUUGGUUCGACAUUAGGAAUCAUCCGGACAUAAAGGAACCUUUCAGUUUCGUAGGAGAUAUCGACUCUCUUGAAAGGUGA